UAAACACCCCCCCGCGGGAUCGAUUGCAAGAUCGACACCUCUUUUAUUUUUUUGGAGGAGAGUGUAAAGCCUUGCGAGGGAGGCCUGAUCCGAGAGGAGAUCCACCCAUCCUCAGAGCGAUCAAGUGAAGGCUAUGGUUCUCCCACUGGAGCUCCUCCUUGCUCCGCCGUCCUUUCCCAUCAGCUCCGGCCCACAGCUGGGAUUUCUCUGCCUUCUCACUCGCCUGCCUACCGAAAAGGAAUUUUUUCCCCCCCUUUUGGUAAAGCUCCAGUGGUGACCCGAUCCACCGUCCAUCCUGGUCGAAAAAUCAACAUUCAUUGAGAAGUCUCAAAGAAAUACACCACGUGAGGGGGGGUGGGGGGGUGGUGGGAGAAACUGGGAGAAGAUCGGAAUAAUAUCGCUUUUUCCUAUGGUAAAACUGGUGCCCCUCUUCAGAAGAACUGGUCUCAAAUUAUUAUUAUGCAACCACGAAGAUCGGUUCCUUCUCAGGGGGUCUAAGCUACUGGAUUGCUUUUCGCCCAAAUCAAUGUGGUUUCUUUGGAACAUAUUCAGCAAAGGAACGCAUAUGCUGCAGUGUCUUUGUGGCAAGAGUCUUAAGAAAAACAAGAACCCAACUGAUCCCCAGCUCAAGGGCAUAGUGACAAGGUUGUAUUGCAGGCAAGGCUACUACUUGCAAAUGCACCCUGAUGGAACUCUCGAUGGAACCAAGGAUGACAGCAGUAAUUCUACAUUAUUCAACCUCAUACCAGUGGGACUUCGAGUUGUUGCGAUCCAGGGGGUAAAGACAGGGUUGUAUAUAGCCAUGAACGGAGAAGGUCACCUCUACACAUCAGAACUUUUUACUCCUGAAUGCAAGUUUAAAGAGUCUGUUUUUGAAAACUAUUAUGUAAUCUACUCAUCCAUGCUGUACAGACAACAAGAAUCUGGUAGGGCGUGGUUCCUGGGGCUCAAUAAGGAAGGCCAAGUUAUGAAGGGUAACAGAGUGAAGAAAACAAAGCCAGCAGCUCAUUUUCUACCUAAGCCGUUGGAAGUGGCCAUGUACCGAGAACCGUCUCUGCACGAUGUGGGCGAAACAGUGCCGAAGACCGGGGUGACGCCAAGUAAAAGCACAAGUGCUUCUGCAAUAAUGAAUGGAGGCAAACCAGUGAACAAGAGCAAGACGACAUAGCCAGAUCCUCACAGGUGUCAUGACUUCCUGCACCCGUGCGCAGUUGAGCGACUUAUCCCUGCCAGACUAACGGGCACCGGUAGCUGAGGAUCAGCUGGAAGGAAGCGAACGCUUGCUCUUGGCUGUUUCUGACCUAACUUGUUGCAGGGGGAUAAAUCUCAACAUGUUGUUCCACCCCAACAAGAAGACACCUGGAUUACCAGCUAAACUCAGACCCCCUACCAGAUAUGGAAUGCCUUUUUACUCUCUUUUCUGUAACUGUGACACUUCAUGUGAAUGACAUCUUUCACAAGUUCACUCGAUACUUUGCCUGCCGACAGUAACCAUAAUCCUUUUUUUCAGCCCAGUAUCCGCGAAAUCCAUGUGUUUCAGUUUGAUUUGGUAGCACACAGAUAAUCUCAAGUGAUUUCUAGUUAGAUGCUGUACACCUGUGCUAUUCUGAAUUUCUCUUCUCCCUUUUUUUUCCCCACCAAGCUGCUUGCCUCCGCUGUCUGUGACCUUUUGCAGGGAUGUGUUUCUCUAUAAUUGAAAUGUUGCAGGUGGCUUAGUUCUGAAAGCAAUCAGGGAAUCAGGAAGCCUUCAAAAUUUAUUAUUAUAAAUUGCAUCUAGCAAGAAUAGGGUCAUUGUCUCUGACUUCCAAUAUUGAUUAACCACAAUACACUUUAAUAACAGAUUCCAUGCUCCCGAGGUUGGCAUUGUUGUGGAGGGAGAUAGGUCAAACACAAUCAACGGAGAGUUUUCUGAGACAGGUGUUUGACACCCCCUGGUAGUUUCUGUGUGUGUGUGUGUGUGUGUGUGUGUGUGUGUGUGUGUCUGUACGUGUGCAUGUAUGUGCGUGUGCGUAUGUAUGUGGUGUGUUUUAUACAUAUCACAAGCUUACUGGUAGGGUAACAUUUGCCUUGGCCAGCAAGCAGACCUGCUUAUUUUGGAGAAAGUGGGUCCAAAGAACUCUGUAGGCCUUGUAGGCCUGAAUUAAGGCUCAUUUUUCAUCAACUAACCCUCAUGAUCUGAAAAACAGUAAUUCUGACCAACAAGAACUUGCCUACCUAAAUCCAUUUCAAAUAUAAUCCCUUCCUGUUUUUAAUGAACUGAACUUAAUGCCAUCACGAGUUCUGGCUGUGUUCCCCUCUUGCUCAGCCGAGUAUGGCCAAGGGGGCUGUUGUGUGGUUUUCUUGUAGCACCAGUGUUAGGAUUAGUUCUGAAUUAGACUUUAAUAUUUCUGGUGUUUAAUGAUGAGCUUUUAAACUGGACAUAGAAAAAAAAAAUCUUUU